CCUCUUUCUUCUUCUCUCCUGCUUCUGCAGCUCUAAUCUGCCACACCCCUUCUGAAGCAGGAGAAGCAAGAGAAACCCCCCAAAACCCUAGAGGACUCCUCCUCUUCCCCUCUCCUCUCAAUACGGUAUCUUGGGUUGCUGUGACGUUCACCAAUUCAGAGAAUCAUGCCUUCCAUUGCUAUCUCGUCUUCCAUACCCAAGUCCGCGGAGAAGCAGAUGAAGGAGGAGAAGAAGAGCAAGAAGAUCUCCAAGUCGGAGACCAAGGAGAAGAAGCGGAAGGCCUCUGAGGUGAUCGAAUACGACGACGAGGUAGAGAGUGGGACGAGCUCCGAGGUGGUGGAGCCCGUGGAUUUGAAGGAGAAGAGCAAGAAGAAGAAGAAGGCCAAGCUGAGCAGCGACGGCGAGGAGGAACUGGUCAAGGAAGAGAACCCUAAUGCCUUGUCAAACUUCCGGAUUUCAGAGAAGUUGAGGGAGAAGUUGAAGGAGAAGGGGAUUGAGUCGCUGUUCCCCAUUCAGGCCAUGACCUUCGACACCAUUCUCGAUGGGUCUGAUUUGGUGGGGCGGGCACGAACCGGUCAGGGUAAAACUCUGGCUUUUGUGUUGCCAAUUCUGGAGUCAUUGACAAACGGUCCUGCAAAAGCAUCGAGGAAGACAGGAAAUGGGAGGCCACCAAGUGUUUUAGUGCUUUUACCCACUCGAGAGCUGGCCAGUCAGGUGUUAUCUGAUUUUGAAAUUUAUGGCGGGGCCCUGGGCUUGACAUCGUGUUGUUUAUAUGGUGGAGCACCCUACCAUGCUCAAGAGUAUAAGUUGAGAAGAGGUGUUGACAUAGUUGUUGGAACCCCGGGUCGCGUGAAAGAUCAUAUCGAGAGGGAAAAUAUUGACUUUAGCUCUUUGAAGUUUCGUGUGCUUGAUGAGGCUGAUGAAAUGCUGAGAAUGGGUUUUGUUGAAGAUGUUGAGCUAAUCCUUGGCAAAGUAGAGGAUGCAAGCAAGGUCCAAACGCUCCUUUUCAGUGCCACCUUGCCCGAAUGGGUGAAAAAUAUUUCUAAAAGGUUUCUUAAGCCGAAUAAGAAAACUGUGGAUCUUGUUGUCAAUGAGAAGAUGAAGGCUAGUACCAGUGUCAGGCAUAUUGUCAUUCCUUGUUCUAGUUCUGCUAGAGCCCAGCUCAUCCCCGACGUAAUUCGCUGUUACAGCAGCGGUGGUCGUACAAUUAUCUUCACUGAAACUAAGGAUUCAGCUUCUCAACUUGCUGGUUUGUUGCCUGGUGCACGAGCUUUGCAUGGGGAUAUACAGCAAGCGCAGCGAGAGGUUACUAUUUCCGGGUUCAGGAAUGGCAAGUUUAUGACUUUAGUGGCAACAAAUGUUGCAGCUCGUGGUUUGGACAUAAAUGAUGUGCAGCUGAUUAUCCAGUGUGAGCCACCACGAGAUGUUGAAGCCUAUAUUCAUAGGUCUGGUCGCACAGGAAGAGCUGGCAAUACUGGGGUUGCUGUGAUGCUGUGCGAUCCUAGAAGGUCAAGCGUUUCGAAAAUCGAGAAAGAAUCUGGUGUGAAGUUUGAACAUGUAACUGCUCCUCAGCCAAGCGAUAUUGCUAAGGCUGCUGGUGCGGAAGCUGCAGACACAAUUACUCAAAUAUCUGAUAGUGUGAUUCCCGUAUUCAAGUCUGCUGCGGAGGAGCUGUUAAAUACUUCAGGUCUUUCCCCAGUUGAUUUACUAUCGAAGGCUCUUGCCAAGGCUGCUGGUUAUACUGAGAUAAAGAGUAGGUCGCUUCUUAGUUCACUGGAGAACCAUGUGACCUUGCUUCUUGAGGCUGGGAGGCCCAUUUAUACGCCAUCGUAUGCUUUCGGUGUUCUGAGGAGGUUCUUGCCAGAGGAUAAGGUUGAGUCGUUGAAGGGCCUCGCUCUCACUGCUGAUGGGAAAGGUGCUGUGUUUGAUGUUGCUGCUGAAGAUUUGGAUACUUUCCUGACCGGUCAAGAAAAUGCAGCGAAUGUGAGCUUGGAGGUGGUGAAGUCACUUCCACGCCUUCAAGAGAGAGAACAGUCGAGAGGCGGAAGGUUCGGUGGGGGCGGUGGUCGUGGCGGCGGGUCCAAUGGUCGGUUUUCUGGUGGAAGAGGAGGAGGCCGAGGGGGUGGGUUCUCUGGCCAAAGAAACGGUAGGCCGAGUGGCAGCUUUGGUGGGAGGGGCCGAGGGGGUGGCAGCAGAUGGUGAAGUGGGUCGGGCUCUGUCCCCAAUUUCUGGAGUAAUGAAGAUUAUCCGACGGUGAAGAAAGACGUGCAAUAUGAGACCAUAAGUACAAUGAAUUAUAACUAUAUUUAUAUAGAAGAUUUCCUGGAUAUAAAGGAGGAUCUUCUAAUUCUGUCUUUUUUUUUUUUCCUUUUCAUUUAUAUUUUAUUGCCCGUCAGUCCUUAGCUUUUAUCUCAUUCAGUUGUGUUGUUAUUCAUGCAGGGGGGGUUUUUGGCUGUCUUGCCCCCUCGAGUCCUCUCUUCUUUUUUUGUUCUUUUCCCCCUCAAUUUUAAAGUGUAAGAAGAAGGCACUCACUGAUCUUGAGUUAUGUAUUCUUAUAUAUCCAUUAUAUAAAUUGAGUACUCGGAAAAAUGAGAGAUAUAAAUUUUGCAA